GCCACAAACUGGUUUAGUCACAUUGCUAACACACAGACACAACACUGCUGUCAUACCUCUGAAGCACCUGAAGUCACAGGCAACAAAGAAAACAUGGAAACUCUGUCAAUCAGCUCUCGUUUGAACAAGACCGUCCGUGAGCAGUACAUGAAGCUGCCACAAGGGGAGAGUUGCAUGGUUACCUACAUCUGGAUCGAUGGCACUGGGACAGAACUUCGCAGCAAAACUAAAACUCUAGACAGGGAACCAAAGGAUAUAGAAGAUAUCCCCAUAUGGAACUUUGAUGGCUCAAGCACAGACCAGGCUAAAGACUCUAACAGUGACAUGAACAUCGUACCAGUCGCCAUGUUCAGGGACCCGUUCACACUUGACCCAAACAAACUGGUCCUCUGUGAAGUCUACAAAUACGACAACACUCCUGCAGAGACUAACCAUAGGGUUAGCUGCAAACUAGUCAUGGAUGAGCUGAAAGAGCACUGUCUCUGGUUCGGCAUGGAGCAGGAGUACACACUCUUUGGCGCUGAUGAACGUCCGUUUGGUUGGCCGGCUAAUGGAUACCCAAAACCCCAGGGCCCUUACUACUGCAGUGUGGGGGCAAACAAUGCCUACGGACGGGACAUCAUGGAGUGUCACUACAAGGCCUGUCUCUAUGCAGGAAUCAAAAUCUAUGGCACCAACGCUGAGGUCAUGCCAUCUCAGUGGGAGUUCCAGGUGGGUACAUGUGAGGGCAUAGAAAUAGGCGACCAUCUGUGGGUUUCACGCUACCUGCUCCACCGUGUGUGCGAAGACUUUGGUGUCGUAGCCUCAUUGGACCCCAAACCACUGAAGGAGUGGAACGGCGCUGGAUGCCACACCAAUGUCAGCACCAAGCAGAUGAGGGAGGAAGGAGGACUUCACCAUAUCAAUCUGGCCAUUGACAAACUAAAGAAGAAACACAGCGAUCACAUCCGUGUGUAUGAUCCCGCCGGCGGUGACGACAACAAGAGGCGUCUCACCGGACGUCAUGAGACCUCCAGCAUCCACACCUUCUCCUCAGCAGUGGCCGACCGAGGCUGCAGCAUCAGAAUCCCCCGCCAGGUGGGUGAAGAAGGCAAGGGCUACUUCGAAGACCGGCGUCCUGCAUCCAACUGCGACCCCUACAUGGUGAUCAAGGCCAUCGCUUGCACCUGCCUACUGGAUUCAGACAAAGGUGAACAGGAAAAUUAGAAGAGAGCUGUAGCAGCCCUGCAGCUGUGUCUGCAAUAUAUUUCUUCCUGUACAUCACUGUGUGAGCUCCUCUGAGCUGGAUACUUGUCUGUGAUAGAUAGCAAAUGUAGAUUUGUGUGGAGAAACAAUUAAAGUGUAAUUUGUCAAA